AUGGCCAGUAUGCUCGUCUAUUCCGAGGUCAAGAGACUCUACACAUCUCUGCAGGAGAUCAUGGGCCGCCGGAGGAAGCGCCAGCUUCAGAUCUCCGAUCCCUUUGACUUCAAAAAAGAAGUCACCAUCAUCCCCGGUCUGACUGAAGACGAAAUAACAGUCCUCCGCGAAAAAGCAGCCGCCUCCCGUCUCGGCAUCGCCCACGCGCACAGCAACCCCCAGUUCUCAACCCAUCACCGCCAUCACCACCAUCACCAUCCUCACCAUCAUCAUCCCCAUCACAGCCAUCAUUCCCUCCCCAGCCGCGUCCGUUCCCGCCGAUUUACCACCGCCACAACAGUCCCCACAUCCUCCUCCCCAUCCCUCGCAACUCCAAACUACUUCUUCCACACCCAAAGCCACGACGACAUUGCCCUGCUUCCCCGUACCACGGGUAUCAACACUGGCAUCAACAUCACCAUCGAUAGCGGCUCAAAUAAUAACACCCUAGGAAGUCCCCGAAGUCCUCAAAGUCCAGACAGUCAACUCAGCCCUCUAACUAUCCUCCCUCUCUCUUCCCUUUCCGCCCCUCCAACGCCGGCGCCGCCGUCUAUUUUCUCUGCGCCGCGGUCUCCGCCGCUUUCGGGGGGGUUUGUAUGCUCCCCUCCGCCGUCGCCGGCGCCGGUAGUUAUUACCUUAUCAGGCACGUCCGCGAUGGGUGACGUGAUGGGCGGCGGUGGUGGUAAUGGAAAUGGGAAUGGAGACGAGGAUGAAGACGGGGCUGAGGGUAGGUAUGGACAAGUUGCCGGGGGCUGGGGGAUCGAGGGUAUCAGUCACAGUCACAGCACCGGAAACGGAUUCCUCGCCGUCCCCCCUCUGUCUCCGCCCCCGCUGUCACCGCCACCAAGGGUGUCGAUGCCGAUGGGAUUUCCUGCUGCUUCGUCGUCACGAUCACCGUCGCCGUCGCCAUCUCCAUCACCGCCACCACCUGUUCCUUGGACGGGCAGUACCGGGGAGCAUGGGAGGAGGUAUGCCUUCUGCGGUAGUGGUAUUACCAGCGGUGGUGGUACAGGCCUGAGACCCCCAACCCCGCCGAAGCGAAACAGUGAGAUGGUAGUUAACACCGCUUACAAUCCUCACACUUCGCACCAGUGCGAGGGGAAUGAUGAAACAGAUCCGUUGAUCCCGGGAGUGGAUAUGAGCACAGGGCUCAAGGGAGGGUGCGUUUCGACUUCACCAAUGGGAGGAAGAAAAGGAGGAGGAGGAGGAGGUCGGGAGGGGGGGUUGGAUGUUCCGCCGUUUGAGGUGUCGCCUGUGGAAGCGGGGGAUUAUGGAGGGGUUGGUGACUGGGAAAGAGGGGCGGGGUUUGAUGCUGGGAGUCCGGUUAGUACUUUGUCUUGUAUUGGGGUGAAUUGA